GCGUUAUUCUGUGGUUCAUUGCCAAUUGGCAUGGUGGAGUCCAGCAGCGACAGGUACCUCCCCACGGGGUUCGGAGCAUGGGACUGCGGCCUGCCACCCUACCAGAGCUUUCGCGCAGAGGAUUUUGGCCCGGCAAUUCGAGCUGCCAUCGACGACAUGGUGCUCGAGCUGAACUCGAUGGAGGACGACUUGGCCAACCCCGACAUGGACCUGACGUGGUCCAACGUGAUGGACCGCGUCGAGUUCAUCGACGAUCCACUGAGCCGCCUGUGGAAUGUCUUGUUCUUCCUCUGCGGGGUCGUCGAUACCCCAAUAUUGCGCACGACUAUGGCCGACCUACAAGCCGAAGUGCUCACGGUGCAGAGUCGCCGGAACCAAAGCGCAGAGAUCUGCCGCGCCAUGGAAGCGCUCCGCGCGAGCGCCGAGUGGCCACACUACUCGGUGGAGCAGCAGCGACUGCUUAACCGAGCCAUUUUAUCGGCACAAUUAGCUGGCGUGCGAUUAGAUGCAGUCGACAAAUCUCGCGUCAACGAUAUCAAGCUACGGCUGUAUACGUUGCAACAUCAAACGUUCGCAAACAAUGUAUCGGACGCAACGAAAGCUUACUCCAAGCUCAUUCGAGACAAACACGAACUCGACGGCGUGCCCACCGUAACGCUGGCCGUCCUCGCCCAAAACGCCGUGGCUUCGGGCAUAUGUGAAGCCACGACAGAGCUCGGCCCGUGGAAGCUAUCGCUCGACAACGCGGUGGUCCUAUCUAUCCUUAAACACUGUACAAACCGAAGCCUUCGCCAAGAAGUGCACCGGGAAAAUACAUCAAAAGCCAGCGCGAAUCCGUUCAAUAACAUCCCCGUGAUCGAGGAAAUCCUGGCACUACGACACGAAGAGGCUCAGUUGCUGGGGUAUCACACGUACGCCGAGCUGAGCUUGGCUUUGAAAAUGGCGCCGUCGGUGCUGGCGGUCGAGAAGAUGAUCAAUGAUCUCCGCGAUGUUUGCUUUCCGGCUGCCCAAGCGGAGUUGGCUCGACUGAAUGAUAUGGCAAGUUCCUGUGGCCACGACUCGCCCCUCGAGCCAUGGGAUGUCGCGUACUGGACGGAGCAACUCAGCAGGAAAGAGUACGCUGUGGACGACGAAAUGCUGGCCAUGUAUUUCCCCCUCGACACGGUGUUAACCGGGCUGUUUGAGUUGGCGUUUGACCUGUUUGGCAUCCGCGUGGAGGCAGCAGACGGCGCCGCGGAAACGUGGCAUCCUGACGUGCGUUUCUUUCGCAUUCGGGCGAUGGAGACGCCAGGGACGCCUGUGAUUGGUCAGUUUUUCCUGGAUCCAUAUGCUAGACCAGAAGGCAAACGACACGGCGGGUGGGUGUCGGAGGUGGUCAGUCGCAGCAAAGUACUGGGAACUCCCCCCGACCAGCCUAUUCGAGUGGCAGUGUUUAACAUUGUAUGCAACCUCGUUCCCCCAGUAGCGACUACGACUCCGACUUCAAUGACAUUUGCGGACGUCGAGCAUUUGUUUCUAAGCUUUGCAUUUGGGCUACGGUCGGCGUUAACUUGUGCCGAGUAUUCGCGGGCGUCUGAAAACAACGGGGUUGAGUGGGAUGCACUCGAGAUCCCGACGAUGCUGCUCGUGAAUUUCUGCUACCACCGCGGCACGAUGCAACGCAUUUCAAAACACGUUGUCACAGGCCACCCCCUGUCACAUGACUUGUUCGACAAGCUCGUGGCUGCGAGGCGGUUCAUGGCGGCCACGAAAUUGCUGCGGCAAAUGCACCUGUCCGCAGUUGAUAUGGCAUUGCAUCAUUAUUACGACCCGAGUUCCGCAGCAACGACCCUGCAACAAGUCCAAGACAGUAUUGCCCAACGGUUUUGUGUGCUGCCGUUGUCGCCCGACGACCGAUUCCUAUGCUCGUUUGGCCACCUAUUUGCUGGCUUGUAUGCGGCCGGGUAUUAUAGCUACAAGUGGUCGGCAAUGCUGUCGGCGGAUGCGUAUGCUGCGUUUGAGCAAGUUGAAGGGGAUGUGACAGCAUGGCGGGCGUUGGGCCGACACUUCCGCGACACAGUACUAGCCCGCCUCGGGGUUGAUCAUCCACUCGUGGCAUUCGAGCAGUUUCGGGGGCGCCGGCCAUCCCCAGACCAUUUGCUUCAGUUGUAUGGAGUUUCGCAGUGAAUUUUGCGUUUAACGAUAUAUAACAAGAGAGGCUGUUUGAA